AUGUCCGACGAAGAGGAAAUUUCCGUCUACGACGAGGUCGAAAUCGAGGACAUGACUUAUGACGAGGCCCUGCAGACCUACUUCUAUCCAUGCCCCUGCGGCGACCGCUUCCAGAUUGCCCUCGCGGACCUCCAGGACGAGGAGACGGAUAUCGCAGUGUGCCCGAGCUGCAGCCUGAUGAUUCGCGUCAUAUAUGAGGUAGUAAGGCAACCCUUCCCUCCUGAGCCGACUCAUCUCGUCUUGACCUAG